AUGGAGGAUGCACCUCUGUGCAAGCAGUGCCGCAAGUACACCAGGGAGCUCCACGACGUCCACCUCCACGGCAAUCACAAGAUCCACGUCCUUUGCACAAGCAAGGGCAAAGACGUGGACAAGAUGUUGUCCACGUUCAGGAGGAAGCUCGGCGGAAUGCCCGUCAAACUAGUCGGCGUUGAUGUUGAGUACACACACUACGAGAAGCCACAGCGUGCAGCGGUACUACAGCUAUGCGUAGAAAAAGAAUGCCUUGUCUACCACAUAUCUGCAGCUAAAGACAGGCCAAUGGAACUAGACAAAUUCCUGAUGAAUGAUGAGUACACCUUCGUCAGAUUCGCUAUUGAAGGAGACAAAAGCAAGCUGAAGGUAUCUGGUUUGGAGAUCAACUCCAACAACUACAUUGAUAUUCAGGUGGAAUGGAGAGACCCAUACAAUAAAAAUAAGUUUGACUCUUUGGCUGAUGUUGCUGGCAGGAUGAUAGACAUUCACUACAAUGACAUGAAGAAAAAAAUUAACCGCAAGUAG